AUGGGACAACGACAUUAUGAGGACAUGGCGCUAUGUUGUGUCCGCGAUGUGGCAUUCAUACCAUGCAAACCCAUGGCCACAUACAAUGAGGUACCAUUACAGCUAGAGGUCACUGCCCGCACUGAUGUCAUCCCCAAGACACAGUCAAGUUUGCCUUGGGUAAUGGGGAUAGAGUUGAGUGAUUGGGCUGGGAGUGGGGCCAUUGCCUGUGUUGAUGUCUUCCCCAGCAUAGUCAGCACAGCAGUAGUCAAGUUUGCAUUGGGGAAUGGCAGGUGGAGGUUGAGUGAUUGGGCUGGCAGAGACAUGUCUCAGAACUGGCUCAAUGCCAAGAACACUAGGGGCCAUUGCCUGCGUUGA